GGUGCCUGUCAGGGAGGAAAAAUAAACGCAGUGAGCAGAGCUCCACACCCUGAAGGGAAGGAGAAGUUUCACUGCAUUCCUGUCCUGCAACUCAACUUUGAAUCAACCAUCUGCAAGGGCAGAUCCGUAGUGUGUAAGUGUGUGUGUUUAGGUCUGUGUUCAGGACCCCUGACCAGGCCCCACCUUUAUUUCAGGACAACUGUGUGUGUAUGUUCGUGUGUGUGUUGUCUGUGCUAUUGUGUGUGUUCAAACAUCACACUGGAGGGGGUGUGGGCCAGCUAUCCACAUACGCCUAUUGACCUAUACCUCAGCGCCCUGUCAGGGAGAUGAUGACAUCACUAGGUGAUAAAGGUGAAGGCCACAGGGAGACAACAGCAUUGCUGGGUAAUGAAGAUGAAGGCUCCGUCCAAACCCAGACGAAGGUCCUGAACCAGGGCUCCUGGACGCAGGUCAGCUGUCCCUGCUGUGUGUCUGAGCAGGUGGAGCCCCUGGUCCUCAUUCAGCUUUCAGACAACAUCCAGCCCGUCACCAAGAGGUGGCUCAUCUCCCUGAUCGAGGUGUCCGAGAGAGACGGAGGCGCAGCGUUGCUGGCCCACCCUGGAGAGGAUGAGUGUGGGGAUGUGAUCGUGGUGUCUGCUCCUCGCUGCACCCUCCUCAGAGCCACAGAGGACUUGGGGCUGUGUAAGAAAUACCACAAUGAAGACAUGGUUGCUUUCUCCUACAAUGACAGAGACAACUUCAGAAAUGUUGAUGACAUGCAGGAGUUCCUGACGCUAGCGGAGCGUCAGUACAUAGUCAAGUAUGAGCUGGACUUUCUAAGGGCCCAGAAGGGGCAGAAAAUCCCUGGAGUCCCUGAGUCUCAGGGGGUCCUGAAGGCCAGGGAGAACAUAUGUCAGAAGCUAGAAAAGGCGGGAGUGAUAAAGGACAUCUUCCCUCUGCAUGACAAGCAGAGACUGACAGACCUGUGCAGAAACUGGUACUCUGGGAAGCAGAUAUGGGGACAGCCUCUUGACUCUAUCCAAGCCUACUUCGGAGGCACCGUGGGGUUUUACUUCAGCUUUCUGGACUUCUACACCUGGGCUCUGGUGCCCCCUGCUAUCCUAGGCCUGGUGCUGACCUUUCUGCUGCCUGGAGGUGGAUCAGGAGCUGGAGUUGUGAAGGAGCAGGCUGGGGGGGUGGUAGAGGUGGACGACAGCCCCUCGGUCAGCGGUCACAUGGUACAGGCCGUGUUCAGCAUGUUGUGGUCCACGCUGGUCAUGGAGUUCUGGAAGCGACGCAGCUCCUCCCUCUCCCACCGAUGGGGCUUGCUACACCUGGCCGAGCGCUUCGCUGAGCCCCGCCCUGGUUUCCACGGCACCCUGGGGAUCAACCCUGUGACCGGGCGGCUGGAGCCCCUGUUCCCGGAGUGGCAGAGGCAGCUGCGUGUAGGCCUGGUGUCUGUGCCCCUGGUGGGGUUCUUCCUGGGGAUGGUGGUGCUGGGUAUGACAGGGUUCUACCACGGAGAGGCACUGGCACAGGGCUUCCAUCAGGACAGCGGCUCCCUGUUCUCUGGAGCUCUGCUCUACCUGCCCUCUGUGGCUCACAUCGUCUACACCAACAUGCUGGGGAAUGUGUACCGCACUGUGGCCAUGCAACUCACCGAGUGGGAAAACCACAGAGAGGAGUCCUCCUUCCAGAACCAUCAUACCACCAAAGUCCUCCUGUUCACUUUCUUCAACUACUUUGCUGUGCUAUUUCACAUUGCCUUCUACAAACAAGACCUUCCACUUCUAAGGAAGAGGCUUGCGUCUCUGCUAAUCGUGACCCAACUGGUGAACCAGUGUACAGAGGUGGUGGUGCCGUUCAUAGUGGACCGCUUCUUCAGUGCUCCUCAGAAGAAUCAGCAGGAGGAUGACCCAAAUGUGGACAAACUCAGAGCCCAGAGAAGCCUGCCCCCUUUUCCAGGCCUAUUUGCUGAGUACAUUGAGUUGCUGGUGCAGUUUGGGUAUUUGAGUCUGUUCUCCUGUGUGUACCCGCUCACCGCCGUCCUCCUGCUCCUCAACAACGUCACAGAGAUCAGAGCAGAUGCAUACAAGAUCUGUAAACUGUUCCGAAAACCCUUCUCAGCCCCUGUGUCCAACAUAGGAGUGUGGCAGACAGCGUUUGAGGUUCUGGGGUUCGUUUCAGUUAUGUCUAACUGCUGGCUGUUGCUACUGUCUCCUCGGGUCCGGGAGUUCUGUCUGGAGGGAGGGAUCAGCGGCAGAAACAUCAUUCUCUUCGCCAUUCUGGUCGAGCAUGUCCUGAUCCUGGUCAAGAUGAUUCUUGCUUUUAUGAUCCCAGACGAACCAGACUGGGUCAGAAUCAAGAGGGAACAGAUUGAGUUUCACUCCAUGCAAGCUCUUGGGCAGCAGAAGCUCUAAAGGUUGUGGAACCCCCAGUGGUGGAAAAGUACUUGAUUGUCAUACUUAAAAGUAAAGAUACCUUAACAGAAAAUGGCUCAAGUAAAAGUUACCCAGUAAAGUACUACUUGAGUAAAAGUCUAAAAGUAUCUGGUUUUAAAUGUACUUAAGUAUAGUGGUAGAAAAAGUACUACAUUGUCAUACUUGCGUAAAAGUACAAAGUAAAAGUAAAUGCUGUACAAAAAAAUCCUUAUAUUAAGCAAACUAGUUGGCACUAUUUUCGUGUUAUUUUUAAUUACGGACAGAAAGUGGCACACUUCAACACUUAGACAUAAAUUACAAACACAGUAGUUGUGUUUUGUGAUUCUGCCAGAUCAGAGGCAGUAGGGAUGACAAAGUGUUAUAUUGAUAGGUGCCAUAAUUCUGCUUGAGCAUUCUAAUUGUAACGAGUACUUUUGUGUGUCAGGAAAAAUGUAAGGAGUAAAAAGUAUAUUAUUUUAUUUAGGAAUGUUGUGGAGUAAAAGUAAAAGUCGUCAAAAAUAUAAAUAGUGAAGUACAGAUACCCCCAAAAACUACUUAAGUAGUACUUAAAAGUAUGUUUACUUAAGUACUUUACACCACUGGGAACCCCUGAGGGGAAGUCCAUAAUCUGUCUCCUGUUGCCCUUCAAAUGUUGGUCUGGACCUGGGGGCUCAUUAGAAUCAGCUGCCAUGGUGAUGAGGGAGAGGAGGAUCCAAAGAGAUGUCUGUCUGACCUCUAAACCUAAAUCCUGGAGCCUGCCAGAGUCUGCCCUGAGAAGCUCUGUCAGUCUCAGUAUCUCACCCUGGAGGACUGCUCAAGUCAUAACUAGAGAAGUCUCUCAUGUCAAGGGAGAUGGCAGGGGUGUCAAACUAAUUUUGGUCCGGGGGGCCAUUUGGUCUUCAUCGAGGUCCGGAGAGCUGCACUGAAAAUGUGCUAUAUUUCCUCACUGUCAAAAAGUGCAAAAAAUACUUCUCUAUUGUUUUUGAAAAUGUUACUCCUUGUCUGUCUAGCUUUCAUUUCGGUGAUUUUUAGGAUGCUGGACACACUCAAGAAACUGUAAGAAUGUAGGGUCCAUUAGCAUUUCUACACAGUUUCAAUGUUGUUUUAGUCAUUUUAAAGUAUAAUGAGUUUGAUUCCCCCUUAAAAAUGUAUAAUAAUAAUUUAAAAAGUAAUAUAUAUACAGUACCAGUCAAAAGUUUGGACACACCUACUCAUUCCAGGGUUUUUCUUUAUUUUUACUAUUUUCUACAUUGUAGUAUAAUAGUGAAGACAUCAAAACUAUGAAAUAACACAUAUGGAAUCAUGUAGUAACCAAAUAAGUGUUAAACAAAUCAAAACAUAUUUUAUAUUUGAGAUUCUUCAAAGUGGCCACCAUUUGCCUUGAUGACAGCUUUUUUCUACAAUGUAGAAAAUAGUCCAAAUAAAGCAAAACCCUUGAAUGAGUAGGUGUGUCCAAACUUUUGACCGGUACUGUAUAUAUAUAUACAUACAUGCAGUGGGGCAAAAAAUUAUUUAGUCAGCCCCCAUUGUGCAAGUUCUCCCACUGAAAAAGACGAGAGAGGCCUGUAAUUUUCAUCAUAGGUACACUUCAACUAUAACAGACAAAAUGAGAAAACAAAAUCAAGAAACUCACAUUGUAGGAUUUUAAUGAAUUUAUUUGCAAAUGAUGGUGGAAAAUAAGUACUUGGUCAAUAACACAAGUUUAUCUCAAUACUUUGUUAUAUACCCUUUGUUGGCAAUGACAGAGGUCAAAUGUUUUCUGUAAGUCUUCACAAGGUUUUCACACACUGUUGCUGGUAUUUUGGCCCAUUCCUCCAUGCAGAUCUCCUCUAGAGCAGUGAUGUUUUGGGGCUGUUGCUGGGCAACACGGACUUUCAACUCCCUCCAAAGAUUUUCUAUGGGGUUGAGAUCUGGAGACUGGCUAGGCCACUCCAGGACCUUGAAAUGCUUCUUACGAAGCCACUCCUUCGUUGCCCGGGCGGUGUGUUUGGGAUCAUUGUCAUGCUGAAAGACCCAGCCACAUUUAAUCUUCAAUGCCCUUGCUGAUGGUAGGCUUUGUUACUUUGGUCCCAGCUCUCUGCAGGUCAUUCACUAGGUUCCCCCCGUGUGGUUCUGGGAUUUUUGCUCAUUGUUCUUGUGAUCAUUUUGACCCCACGGGUUGAGAUCUUGCGUGGAGCCCCAGAUCGAGGGAGAUUAUCAGUGGUAUUGUAUGUCUUCCAUUUCCUAAUAAUUGCUCCCACAGUUGAUUUCUUCAAACCAAGCUGCUUACCUAUUGCAGAUUCAGUCUUCCCAGCCUGGUGCAGGUCUACAAUUUUGUUUCUGGUGUCCUUUGGCAGUUCUUUGGUCUCGGCCAUAGUGGAGUUUGGAGUGUGACUGUUUGAGGUUGUAGACAGGUGUCUUUUAUACUGAUAACAAGUUCAAACAGGUGCCAUUAAUACAGGUAACAAGUGGAGGACAGAGGAGCCUCUUAAAGAAGAAGUUACAGGUCUGUGAGAGCCAGAAAUCUUGCUUGUUUGUAGGUGACCAAAUACUUAUUUUCCACCAUAAUCUGCAAAUAAAUUCAUUAAAAAUCCUACAAUGUGAUUUUCUGGAUUUGCUUUUCUCAUUUUGUCUGUCAUAGUUGAAGUGUACCUAUGAUGAAAAUUACAGGCCUCUCUCAUCUUUUUAAGUGGGAGAACUUGCACAAUUGGUGGCUGACUAAAUACUUUUUUGCCCCACUGUAUGUAUACAGUGCAUUCGAACGUAUUCAGACCCCCUUUUGUUACGUUACAGCCUUAUUAUAAAAUGGAUUACAUAUUUUUUUCCUCAUCAACCUACACACAUUACCCCAUAAUGACAAAGCAAAAACAGGUUUGUAGAAAUUUUGGCACAUUUAUAAAAAAUGUAAAACUGUAAUAUCACAUUUACAUAAGUAUCCAGACUCUUUACUCAGUACUUUGUUGAAGCAUCUUUGGCAGCGAUUACAGCCUUGAGUCUUCUUGGGUAUGAAGCUACAAGCUUGGCAUACCUUUAUUUGGGGAGUUUCUCCCAUUCCACUCUGCAGAUCCUCUCAAGCUCUGUCAAGUUGGAUGGGGAGCGUCUGACACCAAUCAAGUUCUAGAAACCUCUCACGGAUGGAUGAUCAAUGGAAACAGGAUGCACCUGAGCUCAAUUUCGAGUCUCAUAACAUUUCUAAAAACCUGUUUUUGCUUUGUCAUUAUGGGGUAUUAUUACUGUAGAUUGAUGAGGAAAAACAUGCAAUUUAAUACAUUUUAGAAUAAGGCUGUAACGUAACAAAAUGUGGAAAAAGUCAAGGCGUCUGAAUACUUUCCAAAUGCACUGUAUAUGUCAACCCCCCCCAUCUAUCUAUCUAUCUAUCUAUCUAUCUAUCUAUCUAUCUAUCUAUCUAUCUAUCUAUCUAUCUAUCUAUCUAUCUAUCUAUCUAUCUAUCUAUCUAUCUAUCUAUCUAUCUAUCUAUCUAUCUAUCUAUCUAUCUAUCUAUCUAUCUAUCUAUCUAUAUAUAUAUAUAUAUAUAUAUAUAUAUAUAUAUAUAUAUAUAUAUAUUACUUAAACCACCCGCAGGCCGGAUAGGAACCUUUCGCUGGCCGAAUCCAGCCCGUGGGCCAUAUAUUUGACAUCCCUGUACUAGAGUGAGAGGCAAGGCACUGAUGAUGAAGGAAAACCAAAGAGCAAGAGCUAAGAGCUUUUGUACGUUGUGUUAAUGCAGCUUCAGCAUAAGUGUGUUUGAGACUUCUUGAAAUAUUGGAUAGCUUUGGACUUUAUUGUGUGUGUGAAACAUACUAUGCAAGUAUUUAAUUUGCUGUAUAAUCACACAAGUGCAAAUAUGCAUAUAAUUUUGUAAAUUUUUCCCGACAGUGUGUUCCACGUACACUUUUAGGAAGAAAGGUGCUAUCUAGCCUAAAAGGGAUCUUCGGCUGCCCCCAUAGGAGAACUAUUUUUGGUUCCAGGUAAAGGUCUUUUGGGUUCUACCUGGAACCAAAAAGGAUUCUCCUAAGGGGACUUCCCGAAGAACCCUUUUUGAACUCUUUUUUCUAAGCACGUACUUUAUGAGUGUUAUGUUAUACGCUUCAGGCACAUUGCAACACCACUGAAAGCACUUGAUAUCACAUAUCUGUGUACUUUUAUUUGAAGAUGACUAUAUUUAAACAUAUGGAUUGAUGAUGAGCUUGAUGUUGGAAUAUGUUAUGAUAUUACAUGUGCAUUAUCUGUAUCUUUUAAAAAGGAAGAGUUUUAGAACAGAUGCAGUGUUGGAUGAAUGUAAACAGCUGGGUUGAUGGUUGUGUUUGACUAAAUAAACGAAACAUACCUAAUCA